AGAAAGAUCUCAAAAAGAAGAGCAGUCCCAUAUCGAGUCGUUGAAUGCUCCGCCGUAGCACGACCCGUACAGAGGAGACAAGCCACCCCGCUCCAUCUUCCUCGCCACCUUCAGAAUACAAAGCCCCGACCCCACGUCCACGUCUUUCGUCCGGCAUGCCUAUCCUCGGCCCUGUCAAUGUGAUGAUCUUCGUGGUGUUGUUCGUGGUCACGUUGGCCAGUCGAGUCGUCGAAGAGAACUCCUUCAGCAAUCCACCCAGCUCGCAUGCUACGUUGCAGUCAGAGUAUGCCGAGUCUGGUCAGUUUCGCUCCCGACGAUUGACGGCGGAUGCUCCAAACGCCGGUGGUUUCAUGGCCAAGGCCGCCGCCAUGCACGCCAUGCCAUCCACCGCCGCCUUCUCAUCCUCAUCCCUUGGUCAAGACAUCGCUUCCACGUUUCGACAAGCGCCCAAGUCCUUUGACGCCGCGGCGGUGGAUCGCAUGUUGGUUUGGACCGGUCACAUUGACCUUGCCGUUGCCCACGGCGUGCCAGACGUAUGGGACACUCUCCAGCGUCAAGUCAAAACCCUCGUCAAUACAACAUCCUCGGACGGGUACAUUGAAAGCGAAAGCGAGCAUAGCCAAGAGCGGUACGUCCCGCACGACUGCCGCCAUGCCGCGGACAACACGACUGCGCCGUGUCCUCCGGGGAACUACGGUCGCACGGUGUUGUUGCGGAGCUGGAGCCUGUCUUGGCGAUUGCCUUCGCCAUUGUUCGCCUCGAGCAUCGAGGCCACCGCCGCCCUCGUCAAGCACCUGCCGAAUGUGUCUUGGGUCAAGGACAAAUCUGCGUCGGCCACAGAUAUCACCGAGCAGUUUAUCGACACCAAGAGCCGCGAAAGCAUGCUGGCCACAACCUACGACACGCUCGAGAAGGUGCUGGUGCAGGCCACGACGACAGCCGAAGUCAUGGACGUGAUGCGGGAGCUGCAAAAGGUCGCGGAAACGUUGGAACACACAAGACAGACGGCGGCGUACUUGAGCAAAAGCGCCAGCUUGAGCACGCUGCGAAUCGGCAUGGACGAAGCGGUGCCGUCUGGACUGGUGGUGAUGGUAGACGAGCCUCUAGAAGAGGAGGCGGCAGUCCCGUGGAGCCCGGCGGCGUCCGUGGCGCGGGCGUUUCGCUGGCUACUGAAGAUACUUGAAUGGUCGAUUGAUGCGCUGAUUGUGGCGGUGGUGGUGGGAGUUCCCAUCGCGGCAGGGGCCAGUGCGAUGGCUGUGGCAGUACGAUAUGUUGCGUUGGCUCGUGGUAGCAAGGACUCGUACGACCGAGUGGAGUAAUAUAAUGUAUACCAGUUGACUGUUUGAGUACUGGAUGUACUUAUUGAAACAUCGAGAAGGGUGCUACUCUGUUUUACUCUUUGUGGUUUUGAGGCCAUACAAGGCAGAGAUACGGGGCGGACAUGAAA